CCCCAACCUGGCUUGACCUUCAACCCUCCCAGAAGGCCCAACCCCACGCUUGCCUCCACCUGUGCUUGCAGACAUCCACACACUCCACACCUGAGCCCACUGUCCCUUCCCAUCCUGCGCCUUCUGUGGUCUACUGCCUGCGUCCCCCUGGCAGACUUUGGCUUCGCCAACCGGUCGGGCCUCAGGAACUCGCUGCUGAGCACCUUCUGCGGCUCUGUGGCCUACACAGCCCCCGAGAUCCUCAUGAGCAAGAAGCACAAUGGGGAGCAGGCCGACCUGUGGAGCCUGGGCAUCAUCCUUUAUGCCAUGGUGACCGGGAAGCGGCCCUUCAAGGAGCGCCGGCCCCACCACAUGCUGCACCUGACGCGCCGUGGCCCCACCUCAGGCCAGGCAUGUCCCCAGGAGAGUGAGAAUACCGUGUCCCUCCCAAAUCCCAGCCUGGGCCUGGAAAGCGGGGCACCAAGAAAGACCUGGGUCCAAGAGCACCUGGGCGGCUCGGUUGGUUAAGCGUCUGCCUUCUGCUCAGGUCAUGAUCCCGG